AUGAGGAUGUGGAUAUUCAAGGCAGAUAGUGGGAUGACAAUCAGCAAAGACAUACGCUCUCGUAAGACUCCAAGAAUUGAAGAUCAGUUUGCUCGAGAUAAACAAGGUCGUAGAAGGUUUCAUGGAGCCUUCACUGGUGGGUUUUCAGCUGGCUACUUCAACUCAGUGGGGACAAAAGAGGGAUGGACACCCUCUUCAUUUGUGUCCACUUCCAGCCAGCGAGCAAAAAGUGUACAAUCCCAGCCUCAAGAUUUUAUGGAUGAGGAGGAUUUGGAAGCACAUGGCAUAUUGCCUCAAGGAAUCCAGGCCUCUGCCAAUUUUGAUGACAGUGAACAGAAGAAGAGAAAAAGAGUUUUGGAUCCAAGUGGACCCAUUCCAGGAACACCAGUGCUUGAAGAUAUUCUGAAGCCCAGCAGGCAAACUAUGGGAAUGAAACUUUUGCGUCGCUUGGGAUGGAAACCCGGACAGGGAGUUGGACCUAGGAUUAAUCGACUCCAGAAGUUGUCAGCACGUAAAGAGAGAGAGAGAAUAUAUGGUUGCCUGCGACCUGAACAUGCAAUGAAAGAUUCUGAGAGUGAGAAUGAGGAAGAGGAGGACCUGCAGGACAUGACUUAUGCUCCUGAUGAUGUUGACACUCUCCACCUGACAACACCCAAGACAGAUCACUUUGGACUGGGCUAUAAACCUUUGGAGCGUUCUUCUCUGCUUGGUGCACACAUCAACCUUUUUGAACCAUCUCCUUUAGUUAUGACUGAGAAGAAGAAAAAAAUUCUAAUAAAGGGGCAGGCUUUUGGUGUUGGUGCUUUUGAGGAUGAAGAUGAAGAUAUUUAUGGCACAGAAGAUAUGAGCAACUAUGACUUUGGUGAGGAUAAGCAGGAGUCUAGGAGAGGACAGAGCAACAAGGAUCAAACACCAGUGUCUAUACAUGGCUUAAUAGAAGUUAUUGAAGGAUUUACACUUAGCAGCAAAACACAUCAGCAACACAGAGUCUACCCACGGCCCACCAUGCCCAAGGAUUUUGUACCUGUGCACCAGCCAUUCAAACGAAGGUUUGAGAGGAAGGAAAGUGAGAUGCGUGGGCUGGGAAGACAUGACAUGACUGCUGAGCAACGAGCACGAAGUAUUACACUGCAACCCAAGACUACUGUGGAGGUGAGAUCAGGGGUCAAAGGGAAGGUUCAUCUCCCUCCCAGAGAUUACUCCAAAGAUGUUAACACAGAUGAAGUAGACAAGAUAUAUGAAGAAUUUAACAUUUCUAAUGCAAAAUUCAAUUCUGACUUUAAACCCUUCAUGAAAGAUCCAGAGAAACAGCGGCGGUAUGAUCUUUUCUUGAGAAUGAAGGAAAGAAGCCAAGAAGCUAGGUUCCACUUGGUUCAGCCUAAGAGUAUGACCGAGUGGCAAAAGCAACGUGAGGUGCAGGAGCUUAGUCGAGCAGCUGAACUCUUUCAACCUCUCACCUCAACCAUGGCCAACAGAUUUGUGAGUGCUGCAACACCAGACUCUGGACCACUCCUGAAGGAUGGACUCAACAUAAACAUCCCAAAAAUGGAUGCAGCCACUAAUGAUGGAAAUGUUGAUGCCUUGGGUCACAAUGUUACUGAUGAAAGAAUUAAAGCUGCCAAAAUGGGCAUGUUUGGCAAGUUGACACAGUCAGUGGUGGAAUGGCAUCCAGAUCGUCUUCUGUGUCGAAGAUUUAACGUUCCUAACCCAUAUCCAGAAUCUUCAUUUGUUGGUAUUAACAAAUCCAAGAGAGAGAAGUUUUCAAUUUUCAAUUUCCUCAACGCACCAGUAGAGGAAACAGCUGGUAACCGAGACGUUUCACCCUCGCCUAGAGACAAAGAAAGAAAAGAAACCUCAGAAGAUGAAGAUCUUAAUACUAAACCAGAAACCUUUGGUCUGAAGGUUCCAGUGGAUGGGCCACCUACAAUGGAUCUUUUUAAAGCCAUCUUUCAAGACUCAGGAUCUGACUCUAACUCUGAGAGUGAGGAGGAACAACCUACGAGUCUUAGAAGGCAACAAGAAUCUAGUCUUAAAUCUAGUCAUAAAUUGGAGUCCUCUAAGGCAGAAAAUUCUCUGGGCUGUUUGGCUAAAAAUAUAUCUGGAUCAGAGAUGGACAGUGGUGAUAGCAGAGUUGUAAUGUCAACCUCUGUGGACAAUUCCUCAGAAAUUUCAAGGGAACGUAAAAGUGUCAUAGAUACAGUCAAAGAUCCAGUUACUGCUAAGAGACCUGAUGGACAGAGAGUUCGUAUAAGCAGGUUUGAACCAAAGAAAGAUGACUCCACUGGGGACACUGAGGGUUUGCCAAAGCCACUUUUUAUAAAUCGUAGAAAAAUUUCUGCAGCUACUGAAAUUACUCCUGCUGAGGGAAUUUUUGCCAAUAUUGACUUCAAAGAACUUAACAGUUAUAGGGAUACUGAUAUUCAUGCCACUCAAGAUCAGACAGUCAACAUGACAGACAGAGUCAAGGAAGGUAUCAUUGGCAGUAAGAAAAUAGAUAGUGAUUCAUCAGUUGAUUCUGAGGAUGAGUAUGGACCUCCAGUUCCAGUACACCUAAAGAAUAGACUUCAGAUGAUCAAGUCAUCAUCGAGUACAGCAUCAGCUGUGGUGCAGACACUUGAGACAGGACACAACAUGGUGACUAAGCAGCAGUCCUUAUGGGUCGAAAAAGAAUCAAAGCGAAAAUCCAAAAAGCACAAAAAUAAAGACAAACAUAAAUAUAAAAAAGAGAAGAAAAAGAAAAAAGACAAGAAAAACAAAAAGCAAAAGGAGAAAAAGCAAAAGAGGAAAGAACACAAAAAUCUAAGCAGAAAAAAUAGAUGCAGCAGUGACUCUGACUUAUCAGACAGUGACUGAGAUGUGAACUAUUAUUUUAUGCUCUCAUCAUUACAGUGAUUCCCACUUAUGUGGAGGUAGGGAGCUGCCUUCCAUAACAUGCUAAAAAAAGGAGGGUCUUAGGUAUCUAUAAUGACUAAUAAUUAUAAUAAUAAUAAUGAUUAACAAACUCA